AACACGAGCAAUUUGUCUAAACAACAACACAUUAUGUCCCUUAAUGUUCCACCACAACCUCAAUCUUCCUCCAGAAGAACCGUUAGGCCUUUUGCAGCAAUACCUGUAUGCCCCAUCUGUGUUGCCCUGUACCACUGUAUUUUUGCAGUAAAUACUUGUUUUUUUAUUUGUCUUUUACAGUUCUGUAAGUUCACUUUAUUUGCAAUUUGUUUAGUUAAUUUACCUUUUUUUUCUCAAAAGAACCAACAAAAGUACUGUUAAAGGACCGGAUCGAUAAGCGGUAUCGAUAAAAGUAGUAGUGCCGUUAAAACCUUAACGAUAACCAUCCCUACUUAAGGGUGAUGACUUAGAGGCGAUACAUUGAAGGGGCUAACUUUUGGCUCCAAUUUAAUGCCUUCUUUUUGCCCUCGUAGGUCUUUGAUGCCAUCAUGAAUUUCAAGAAGGACGAGACAGCCAAACUAAUUGAGAAGCUGGACGUCAAACUGGACUCUGAUGACAAGGAGAAAGAGGGGAAGCCCCUGCUGAAGGCUGUGAUGCGUCGCUGGCUGCCGGCCGGAGAAGCCCUGCUGCAGAUGAUCACCAUCCACCUGCCCUCGCCCGUCACUGCACAGAGGUACCGCUGUGAGCUGCUGUACGAGGGGCCUGGGGACGACGAAGCUGCCAUGGGUAUUAAAAACUGCGACUCUAAGGCUCCUCUGAUGAUGUACAUUUCCAAGAUGGUUCCAACCACUGACAAGGGCCGUUUCUACGCCUUCGGCCGUGUGUUCUCUGGCACUGUGUCCACCGGGCUGAAAGUGCGUAUCAUGGGGCCAAACUUCAGUCCUGGCAAGAAGGAAGACCUUUUCAUCAAACCCAUCCAGAGGACCAUUCUGAUGAUGGGCCGUUAUGUGGAGCCCAUUGAAGAUGUGCCAUGUGGCAACAUCGUGGGUCUGGUUGGAGUAGACCAGUACCUGAUUAAAACAGGGACUAUUACCACCUAUGAACAAGCCCACAACAUGAGGGUGAUGAAGUUCAGUGUGAGUCCUGUGGUCAGAGUAGCUGUAGAGGCCAAGAACCCCGCUGACCUGCCCAAGCUGGUGGAGGGACUGAAGCGUCUGGCCAAGUCUGACCCCAUGGUGCAGUGCAUCAUCGAGGAGUCCGGGGAGCACAUCAUCGCCGGGGCGGGGGAGCUGCACCUGGAGAUCUGCCUGAAGGACCUGGAGGAAGAUCAUGCCGGCAUACCUCUGAAGAAAUCAGACCCAGUGGUGUCUUACAGAGAGACGGUGUCAGAAGAGUCAGAGCAGAUGUGUUUGUCCAAGUCCCCCAACAAGCACAAUCGCCUCUUCAUGAAGGCCCGCCCUUUCCCCGACGGCCUGGCUGACGACAUCGAGAAGGGAGAGGUCACCCACCGGCAGGAGCUCAAGGCCCGUGCACGUUACCUCACAGACAAGUACGAAUGGGAGGUGAGCGAGGCCAGGAAGAUCUGGUGCUUCGGUCCAGAUGGCAGCGGGGCCAACCUGCUGGUAGACGUGACGAAGGGCGUUCAGUACCUCAACGAGAUCAAGGACAGCGUCGUGGCUGGUUUCCAGUGGGCAUCUAAAGAAGGUGCUCUAUGUGAGGAGAAUAUGCGCGCCGUUCGCUUUGACAUUCACGACGUGACGCUGCACGCAGACGCCAUCCACCGCGGUGGAGGACAGAUCAUUCCCACAGCUCGUAGGGUGCUGUACGCCUGCCAGCUCACUGCUCAGCCAAGACUCAUGGAGCCUGUAUACCAAGUGGAGAUACAGGUCAGUACAGCGUCAUAAAUCAAUCAGAAGCACUUU